AUGCGCUACUACAUGUGGGGUGACAAAUCCGACGAAGAGCUUGAUCUAGAAAGCUCUGGAGAUAUAUGUCUUCUUCAAAGAUACCGAUACGCUACCUUCACCGACGAAGAUAAUCCAUCCAUGUGCCCCAUUAACCUAAGGGGGCUAUUGCAGACAGAAGUUGCACUUCGGGAGAAUACUCAACGUGAGAUAGCCUUGAAAGAGAAAAUAGGGCAUCUCUCUAAGGAAGACACAUACGUGACUGUUCUUCAGGACUUACAGGAGGAAUUGUCGACACUUUCGACGGAAUAUUGGACCUUAGAACGACGUUGGUGGGAGAUUAGGUCUUCGUAUGACGACGGCCCGCUGACCAGAGGUAUCGAUUUCUGGCGCUCACAGCCAAAAUGGUACAUGCAUCAAGUACUUGUGGAAGAUUGCAUAGGGAGAGGAGGCUGUUGUGGCAGAGACUGUGGAUGCUGUUCUCAUCGCCAGUCAGAACGGAAAUUUGCAGUUGGUCAUUGUACCGUGGAAUGUUCUUGUUGCGAGAGAGCCCGGGGGUUUGCACUCGACCCUGAGCAGAAAUCCCAAAUCCGGGAGUCCUUCAAACUUGAUUACAAAUCUAUCCGUGCAUGGUAUUACAAUCGAAUAAAGACCGCUUCUCUGCUAGGGUUGAUGGCCGGUAGUUACGAAAACCCUUUGGAUCUCAUCGUUGACUUGCCGCCAAGAUAUGCAACUCCCUCUGAGGAAUCACAAGGGAGCAACUGGAAGAACUAUUUGCGGAGAUCUUCACGCUAA